AUGGCUUCUUGGGAUCAUGAACACGCUGCGGAUGAAGAUCCCAUCACAUGUGUCCAACCUCUGCCUUAUGUGUGUGAGGACUCAGUCCAGGCGCAGAAAUCAAAAAGCCUCCCUACGCUCAAUGAAAGACAAGUUUUGGAGACAGAAGGGCCUGAAAAUACCACACAAGAAGAUAAAACAUUCGUCUCAGCAGCGGAUGGCAGCUCCGUCUCCAGGACUGAAGAGUCUCCGAACUCCUCCAACGGGGACGCGGCCGGUGUGGCAGGGAGGAGCCGCCGUAUUGCAGCCUUGUUCCUCUCACUGUUGGCCCGCAUGUCCCUCAGGCGCUACUUGCGCGUGUUGUUUUCGGACUCGCGUUGCUUCUUGUUUUACAUGUGUUACCUCACGUUCAUUCAGUCGCUCAUGGUGUCCGGCUACCUCAGCAGCGUCAUCACCACUAUAGAAAAGCGCUACAGUCUGCGUAGUUCAGAAUCUGGUCUGCUGGUCAGCUGUUUUGACAUAGGAAGUCUCCUCAUUGUCGUCUUCAUCAGCUACUUUGGUGGACGGGGACGGAGGCCACGCUGGCUUGCCAUAGGGGGAAUGGUCAUUGCUGUGGGUGCUGCACUCUUUUCUUUCCCUCACUUCAUCUCUCCACCUUAUCAGCUGGAGCAGCUGAACACUACACGACGGGGGGAGGGGCUCUGCACCAUUAUCAAUAGCAGCAGGAGAGAGGGGCCAGAGGCAUGUCCACGAGACCAGGAAGACAGUGAGCAUGCUCUGUAUGUGGCACUGUUUAUUUGUGCUCAGAUUCUGAUUGGCAUGGGGUCCACACCCAUCUACACUCUUGGACCCACCUACUUGGAUGAUAAUGUGAAAAAGGAGAAUGCAUCUCUUUACUUGGCAAUCAUGUAUGUAAUGGGAGCUCUAGGUCCAGCUGCUGGGUACCUGCUGGGUGGAGUUCUGAUUGGGUUUUAUGUGGACCCAAAUACUACUGUGAACAUUGACCAGAAUGACCCACGUUUUGUAGGAAACUGGUGGAGUGGGUUUCUUUUCUGUGCUGUGGCCAUGCUGCUAGUGAUAUUCCCCAUGUUUGCCUUUCCAAAGAAGCUUCCCCCACGCCACAAGAAGAGCAGCAGGAAGAAAAAGUGUGUGGGGGACCUGCCAAGUGAUGAUGAGAUGAUGAAGGAGAAAAGCCAAGCUGUCUCUUCUUCCAUUGGCUUUGGAAAAGAUAUAAAAGAUUUGCCCAAGGCAGCCCUGCGAAUCUUGAGCAACGUGACAUUUUUGUUUGUGAGUUUGUCAUACACAGCAGAGUGUGCCAUAGUUACAGCCUUCAUCACUUUCAUCCCUAAGUUCAUUGAGUCUCAAUUUGGGGUUCCAGCAUCCAGUGCCAGUAUCUACACAGGCUUGGUAAUUGUCCCAAGUGCUGGUGUUGGGAUAGUGCUGGGAGGUUAUAUUAUUAAGAAGCUAAAGUUGGGAGCAAGAGAGUCAGCCAAACUGGCCAUGAUCUGUAGUGGAGUGUCUCUGCUCUGUUUCUCCACACUCUUCAUUGUUGGCUGUGAGAGCAUUAAUCUAGGAGGAAUCAAUAUACCCUACACAACUGGGCCCACAUUGACUCUGUCCCAUCGGAACCUAACGGGGGGCUGUAAUGUUAACUGUGGUUGCCGGAUCCAUGAGUAUGCUCCUGUGUGUGGUUCUGAUGGAAUCACAUACUUUAACCCCUGUCUUGCUGGCUGCACUGGGGUCUCCAAUGACAGCUCAGGAAUCAGGAAUUAUUCAGACUGUGCUUGUGUACAAAGCAGACAGGUGAUCACUCCAUCUGGAGGGAAUCAUGAGUUGCAAGUGGUCAUCGUGAAGACAUAUCUGAAUGAGAAUGGCUAUGCUCUUGCCGGCAAGUGUGAGCGCACCUGUGGAACGCUGAUAACCUUCCUCAUCUUUCUCUUCAUUGUCACCCUUAUAACUGCCUGUGCACAGCCUUCUGCCAUCAUAGUCACCCUGAGGUCUGUGGAAGAGCAGGAGAGACCAUUUGCUUUGGGAAUGCAGUUUGUUCUUCUUAGAACUCUUGCCUAUAUCCCUACUCCAAUAUAUUUCGGUGCAGUGAUUGACACCACCUGUAUGCUCUGGCAGCAGGACUGUGGUGUUCAUGGAUCCUGUUGGGAGUAUGAUGUGACGUCCCUUCGGUUUGUUUACUUUGGCUUGGCAGCCAGCCUCAAGUUUCUGGGUUUCUUCUUCAUCUUCCUCACAUGGUUUUCACUGAAACGGCGUGAUGAGCAGGCACAUAUGCAUGCACACCCUGUAUCUCCACUGGACACAGUGAGCCAGUUGAUGUGCCAUGCAGGGUGGCAAAAAGGUCAUGCUCGCACUCGCUCCUGCCCUGUCUUCCUGCCCCGCCCCCCUGAACACUGCCAUACUGCUGCAAUGGCAACUGGACAUGCCCUAAGCCGUGGCAGUAGUUGCCCCAGCAAUGGCCUGAAAGCAAUAACCUUGCCCAUCAGGUCUCUGGAGAGAGUGGUGAUAUGAGAGAUUAUUGCACACACGC